AUGCAUCCCAAAUCGCUCCAGGUUCUCCUCAGAACCCCGAAUUCCCGCCGCCUCCAAACCCUAACCUUCGAUCCAUCGCAGCCCCAAACCCUCCGCGACCUGAAGCUCUCCCUGAUCCCCGACAAUGGAAACCCCGACGCUUUCUACUUCACCGCCAACGGGAAGCUCCUCUCCGACGACUCGAUCCCCAUCGGCGGCCCCCAGGUCCCCGCUCUCUCCACGCUCACCCUGCGCCACCGGCUCAGCGGCGGCGGUGGCGAUGGCGGCGCGACGGGGGCUGAAUCCCGCGACUGCUACCUCAAGAUGUACGCCGAGAAGAAGCCGGACAAGGUCGACCCCAACGAGCAGCGGCUUUCCAAGUGGGUGAACUGCGCCCUCUCCUACGAGACUCUGCGGCAGCCUUGCGUGAUGGAUCGACUGGGAAAUGUGUUCAAUAAGGAGUCUCUGGUGGAGGCUCUGAUAGGUAAGAAACUGCCCAAAGCUUUUAGUCACAUUAGGGGUUUGAAAGAUAUGAUUGAUAUCAAAUUGGAGCCGAUCCCCGGUGGGGAAUCGAACAAUGCCUGGUUCCAGUGUCCGAUAACUGGGCUGGAGUUCAAUGGGACCUACAAGUUCUUUGCGUUGAGGAAAUGCGGGCAUGUGUUGAGUGCCAAGGCUUUCAACGAGGUGAAGUCGAAAGCUUGUCUGGUUUGUUACAAGGAGUUUGAGGAGUGUGAUAAGAUUGUGAUCAAUGGGAGUGAAGAGGAAGUGGAGGCUUUGAGGGAGAAGAUGGAGGAGGAUAGGGCUAGAGUUGGUAAAGAUAAGAAGCAGAAGAAGGUCAGGAAUGGAGAUGUUGUUGCAGCAGCUGAAGGCGGCGUCUCUAAUGGUGGAGAGAUGGAGGAGUCUGGUAAGAGAUUGAGUGGGAAGAAGCAUGGGAAUGUUGAUGGUAAAGAUGUCGAGAAGGUCAAUGCGAAAUCCGAGAAGUUGAAUGGCAAGAUUGAGAGUGCUGGCACUAACAACAAGAGGUUCAAGGCUGCUGCUGUGGCACCGGCUCAUGCCACGAAGGAGGUUUAUGCAUCGAUCUUUACGUCCUCGAAGAAGAAGUCGGAUUUCAGGGAGACGUACUCUUGUCGAUCUCUGCCUCUCGGCAGGAACUGA